AUGUCGUCAACAGCUGCUGGUGAGCCCACCCAGGCCAUCAAUUCUGCUUCCAAGAAGAAGAACAACAGAAAGAAGAAGAAUGCCAACAAGAACAAGGAUACCACGCCUCUAAGUAACGGCGAUGCGACCCACGAGGACGUACAAAAUGACAACGAUGAAGACGACGAUGACCUGGACACUGCAGCGAGCACGGACAAGCUAAAGCCGGAGGGUAAUGGACGCGCCGUAGAACCAUCCAAAGCCACCGACGGGACUUCCGACUCAGACCCGACUGCGAAACUCGAAGCAAUGGGGAAAGAACGGGAGGCGCUCCGGGCUGAGGUGGAACAGCUUCGCAAACAACUGGAGAGUAUUCAGGAAACGCACCAACAGGAAGUCUCGCAGCUCAAAACGGAUCUCGAAGAGAGCAACUCGGCAAAGGAGCACGCCGAAGAGCAGUACCAGACCCUCCUCGACCGAGUUGAGAAGAUCAAAGAAUCGCUCAGCGGCAGGCUAAAACGCGACAAGGCUGAGCUAGAAGAAGCCAGGGAGCGAAUAGAAGAGCUAGAGGCGCAAAACGAGCAGCUGCAGGGUUCCGCACAGUCCACGGGCGAAGAUGUCGAGAAACUCAAGCAAGAGCUCCAAGACGCCAAUAGAGAGCUGUCCACGCUGCGAAGCCGUAACAAUCUCUCGGCCCACAAUUGGCACAAGGAGAAGGAGGAGCUGACCAGGACAGUGCAGCAUCUCAAGGAGGAGAUGGAGACGACAGCGAAUGCCAUGGGCGAAUGGGAAGUGUUGGCCAUGGAAGAGCGCUCUAUUAAAGAGAACCUAGCGGAUAAAGUCGGUGAUCUUGAGGAGCAGAUCCAGACGCUGAAGAAAAAUUACGAGACCGCUGCCGCGGACCGCGAUAGCCAAGCCACUCUCGUGGAUAACCUGCAAAAUGCCCUGCGAGAGAUCCAAGACGCCCGCAAGAAGGAGCUGCGGGAUAUGGUUGAGACAACGGAAUCACAGCUGCAAGCGCAGAAACUAGUGGCCCAACAGGCUGAGGCGCGAGCUACGGAAGCCGAGGCGGCCAAAGACGAAAUGUCAAAGGAACUUGAGCGAACGGCGCCAUUUGAGAAGGAGGUCAGGGAGAAAACUUUGCUCAUUGGCAAGUUGAGACACGAGGCUAUUGUACUGAACGAUCACUUGACAAAGGCGCUGCGAUAUCUGAAGAAAACCAAGCCAGAGGAUAAUGUCGACAGACAAGUCGUGACAAACCACCUCCUGCACUUCCUCACCCUCGACCGCGGCGAUGCCAAGCGUUUCCAAGUCCUUCAGGUGAUGGCCGGCUAUUUGAACUGGACCGACGAACAGCGCGAGCAAGCAGGCCUCGCUCGUCCCGGCGGCUCCGUUGGCAGCUUGCGACUGCCUACAUCCCCUUUCCACAGAACACCCAGUUCGCCUUCACUCAACGCGGAUGUCUUUUCGGAACCCACGUCGGCCAAAGACAGGGAGUCUCUUGCGGAGUUGUGGGCAAAUUUCUUGGAGAGGAGUGCGCAGGAGGGUGCAGGCGAUGGAUUGUCAAAGGACUCUGGGUCCCGCAAGGCAAGUGUUAGUAGUAUAACGACAGGCACAGCGGUGGCCAAACCCGACUCCGGGCCGUGA